AUGGUGGAGUAUGCUCAGUUCCACUCUUGCCCUCUGCAGAAGUUAAUUCUGACCAAGUGGGACAGCCUGCCUCACCGGAUUAGAUCUCAAAUGAUCUCAUUGUCUCCGGAGAUCCGCCUAGGUGGGGUUAUAGAGGAGGCGGCGCUGUGCAUCGUGGGAACGGUCAAAAGCUUUGAGCAUAAAAGUCACACAGGCGGCCAACUGUUCCCGUGUUCUGAGUGCGGGAAAUGUUUUCCGUGUAAGAGAGCUAUGGUUAUACAUCAGAGGACUCACACUGGGGAACGGCCCUUUGUAUGCACUGAGUGUGGGAAAGGUUUUGCGUGUAAGAGAUCACUUGUCCAUCACCAGAUAAUACACAGACCCGAUAAACAAUUUCCGUGUUCAGAGUGUGAUAAAAGUUUUGGAUCUAAGUCACGUCUGAUUUUACAUCAGAAAAUUCACACAGGGGAGAAACCAUUUUCCUGUUCCGAGUGUGGGAAAUUUUUCAGACUGAAGUGA